CUGUCCCCGCCCUAAACGCGCGCCCGUCCCGCUGGCCGGAGCCAGAAUCCGCUCUCAGCGCGUCACAGAUGGACAGAGGGCUCACCUCUGCGCGGGCUACGGCUAUUUUGAGAAAUACGUGGAAGUGGAUGUGUGUUUAAGAGGGAAAUAAAAAACAGAGCUGCUUUCAUGCACCGUGCAGGCUAUUCUCAGCGGACGGCAGGUGCACAUCGACUCUGCUUCCGUUCGCUGAACCUCCUUUCCCCAUUUUCUCUUGUUUUUUUUUUUCCAGCUGGAGUUUAUAAUGUUCCUUUGCGUUAUUUUUAAAAGAGUUAGUAGAUGUUCGGUUCUGAGCGCUCCAGGCGCGCGUUUCUGUUCAUCCCACCCUCAGCAGCUUGUUAAGAGUGAGAAUGACUUCAUGAGAAGGAAAAGAAGCCCUCCCCUCCUCCUUCUGUGAUUACACCGAUCAUCUUCAGCAGUGGCGUCUCUAACGUGAUAAGUUAUGGGGCACAACAGCCAUCUUAUCAUUUACCAACAGUGGCUGUGAUUCAGAUCGAGGUCACCAGUUCUCCAAAUCAGUUAGUUGGCCAAAUAUCAACUUGAUAAUUUAAGGUCAAGCUUGGACUUACCAACAUUUCAGAAGCUGAAUUUACCAAUUUUUCCUAUUUUUUAAUGUUAAUUAAAAAAGACAUAAGUAUCAGUCUGUGAACACUCAAAAGCAUUAAUAUUUCCAUUAUUUAAAAACUCUUCAUGAUUUUUUUUAAAAUUCUGAACGUGUUAUUAAAUUUAUGUAGAUACUCACAGAACUGAGUUGGGUUGAGUAGCUCAAGUGUAAAAAGAAAGGUCUGGUGUUUGUGGGUUCAAGUCCUGCAGUUUAAAUUAGGCCAACUUUAAAGUGAGGAAACAGGUAUCUGGUACUGAAAUCAAAAGUGAAAAUUUGUGAAGGACUUUCAAAGUUACAUGUGGUUUGUAUUUGUAUAGCGCCUUUUUAGGGUUCUACAACCCCCCAAGGUGCUUCACAACACAAUCAGUCGUUCAUCCAUUCACACGCAUGUGGGGAUGAGCUACGAUGUAGCCACAGCUGCCCUGGGGCUCGCUGACGGGGGUGAGGCGCCACCUGUCCCUCCGACCACCACCAGCAAGCAAGGUGACUCUCCAUAGCUCAUCUGCCCUCCUGAGCAUUCAGUGAGAUGGGCGGAUCUGUGCGCCCCACCAUGGCCUUCCCAUCAGCCCCCUCUGCUCUAUGGAUUGUCAGCUUAUUGACUGUACUGUUCACAGCUGUGGUUCACAGCGACAAUGUUGGUGACGACGACCCAUUGCAGCCUAUGACCUCAGAUGAGACUGUUUCCGUUGGGGGCACGGUGACACUGACCUGCAAGGUGGCAGAGAGCGACAACUCUUCACUGCAGUGGUCCAACACCGCACAGCAGACUCUGUACUUCGGAGAGAAGAGAGCGCUGAGAGACAACCGCAUCCAGCUGCACCGCUCGACGCCCACGGAGCUUUCCAUCACCAUUGCUGAUGUGCUGCUGUCUGAUGAGGGCGAAUACACCUGCUCCAUCUUCACCAUGCCCGUCCGCACGGCCCGAGCUACUGUCACCGUUCUAGGAGUGCCCGACAAACCUCAGAUCUCUGGGUUUGAAACUCCAGUGCGAGAUGGAGAAACAGUCACCCUGACCUGCACCAGCACAGGCAGCAAGCCCCCCGCCAGGCUGCGCUGGUACAAAGGCAAGGAAGAAGUGGAAGGGCGUCCGGACGUGGUAGAGUCUGUUCCAGACGAGCCCACGUACAACGUGAGCAGUGAGCUCACGCUGGAGGUGAGCGCCAGUGACAACAACGUCCCCAUCACCUGCGUCGUCGACCACCCCUCUCUCGCCCCGGAGGACAAGAGGAGUGAGCAGGCUCUGCAGGUGUUGUAUUCCCCCAGGGUCCACAUCAGCCCAGAUGAGAUGUUACCAAUUGAAGGACAGAAGUUUUCUCUUCGGUGUUUUGGCAAAGCCAACCCAGAGCCUCAUGACUUCUCCUGGGAGAGGAAAGGUGAAGAGCUCCCCCCGCUGGCCAGAGCCGACGGUGACGUUUUGUCCUUUUCGAUGCUCAACAAAUCAGACAACGGUGUUUACAUCUGCCGUGCUGACAACGGCAUCGGGAAAGGCAUGGAGGAGUACACGCUUCAGGUGCAAGAUCCCACAGACCCAGACUCCCCGGACACCUCCUUCCCCUCUCUAGUUUCACCAACCUCCUCAUCCUCCCCUUCUCCCACCUCCCUCCCAUCCUCCUUCCCUCUCGACAUCUUCCAAGGCUCAGGGUCAGACAUCACUGACUUCCUCCCCACCUCUCUCCCCGACUCCUCCCUUCCUGUGGCUGUUGACUCAACCACCUUCUCUCCUCCCCCCUUCCCCACCACCACCCUCUCCAACGCCCUCUUCCCUGACCUCACGUUCACUCCAACCCCUUCCUCCCCGAGCAUUCCCCCUCCCACUGCACCUUCCUCCCUCUCACCCCUCACACCCUCAGUUUCCAUCCAGCUGAAUGGAGUUUACACUUCCACAGAUGAUACACGCAACUCAACAGACACAACAGCCAUGUCGACAUCUUCGGGGGUGGACCACGCUGUGAUCGGAGGGGUGGUUGCUGUUAUCGUCUUCAUCCUGCUUUGUCUCCUCAUCGUCCUCGGCAGAUACCUCAUCAGGCACAAAGGAACGUAUCUGACCCACGAGGCCAAGGGCUCAGACGAUGCCCCAGACGCCGACACGGCCAUCAUCAACGCAGAGGGAGGCCACUCUGGAGCAGAGGACAAGAAGGAGUACUUCAUCUAGACGGAGGACAGAGUGGUGGAGGAAAAGAACGGGAGGAGGAGGAAAUUUUUUAAAGAUGCGGCUAAAAGAAAGGGGAGGAGAGAAGAAGGAAAAGCCUCCAUUUGUUUUCACAACACUUCAGUUCUGUAGGAGGGGUAGUCACAGGAGGAGGGAGGGAUGGAGGUGUGCGGGAUGACACGACGAGUGGAGCGUCAGCUGCCCUCUUGGCAUUCAUACAGGGAAGUGAGACUUUGCACUGACACUGGGAUGAACUGAAGUUACACACUCACACACAAACACACAUUUUGGGAAAACCUUUUGCUUUUGUUUUUAUUUUUCAGAGACUUGAACGCUCGUGGACGCUCAGAUUAACAAACACAAGCUUCCUACUAACAGCUCUGACGCAUUCCCACCAUUGUUUUUUUUACUUUCAGGGCAGAGAAAAGGUUAAAUUGUAAAUCGCAGCUCAUUUUUUCCACAUAUCUCAACUGUUUCAUCCAAAUCCAGUAUUUCUGAUUUCUGUCCUCAUUCUCCCUUUCAAAACACGUUUGUGGCAUUAAAACUAUUUAUCGUGUUUUAAUCGUUUUCCCUUCUGCAUCAAACCCCGGUGUCAUAUUUCCUUCAAUGCAUCACCUCAAAACAUGCAAAAUAGCAUUCCCAUCAUGUGCUAUCAAGCCCAGGGUUCCAGUAUACAUAUAUAAAUAUAUAUAAAUGUAUAAAUAUAGAGUUAUAUAGCAUUCUUUUUACUUGACGCAAAUGUCUGGUGUGUGUAAAUACACCUUCUCUGUUUUUACAUUCAGUCCUUCCUCUCCAUCACUCUACAGUCCCCCUUUCCCGUCUCAUCAGGUCUGUUACUGCAUUACAGUAACUUAUUUACUCAAAACAAAAGAUAAAAAAAAGAGCCUGCCUGUUUUUAUUAUGUGCGUGGAAAUGCAGAGUCAAAAAUAUCAAUAUCUUUGGGAAAAAAAUGUAAAAAUAACUAUGAUGUUGAGAUGAAAACUAACCUUAACUGCAAAUAUUUGUAUAAAGAAUGUUUUUUUAUGUUUCUUUGACCUUUUUUAUUGUUUUGGCGGCACUUCUGAGGUGUUUUGGUUCUCGUCAGCGUCUCUGUGUUUUUACCGUCAGUGUUAAGGUGUCUGACCGGUUUGUCCAGGUGAUCAAACGUCUAACUUGUUCUCCGGUUUGGACCUUUCUCUUUUAUCCUGUUUAUUUCUUUCUCUCUCGAUGCCACCAGUUUUUUCCACACCUUCACAACCAUUUGCAGCAAACUCCAGAUCAAACGCAGGUUCUGACGGUGUUUGAUGGGGUUUCUCCUCCUGGCCGGAGCUUUUUCUCGACGCAGUCAAUCCUUCCACCAGGACCCGAUGAACUUGACUUUCUCCUUCGCUGUUGUUCACCCCAGAACAUCUUGGCAACAACUCUCAGCUUCAGUUAAUUGAAUAGGGACCUCACAGACUUCCUGUAAGAAGCUGGCCUGUGUGCUGCUUUAGGGAGGAGAAUUUGCCAUCUUAUUUUGAAAGUACAGGGCCAAAUGGGGAUUUUUGUGCAUGAAAACAAAAAUAACACUUUGUUAUCGUGUUGUUGAGUGUGUUGCUACGAGCAGGACUCAUUUACCAGCUUAGCAAAAGGUUCCCGUAACUGAAUGCUUCUUUAUUGAGGCUGGGAGUUGGCCUUGGCGAUGGCGAGCUCCACUCGGUCUGGUCGUGGAAAUUGAUUGCAAUUUAACUAAGAGGCUCUGGCUACAGGUUGUACACACGCCAAGGCUCGGUUUGUUUGGCAGGCAGGAAGCCAAGCUGGAGUCGGGGCCGCGCUAACACUCAAGAAUGUCAUUCUGGGACUUAAUGUCCUCUUCUCUUUUUCUCCUUCCACUCAACUCAUCCGCUUCUUUUUGUACUUUAAUCAAUCAUCUCGUCUGCAUCCCAAUCCACCUUCACCCUGUCUCUCCUCUCCUCGUCUCUGAUCGAUGCCCGGCCAUCCCUGCUGGUCUGAUUGGGAAACCCGUAUUCUAGAAGUAGCAGCCAGACGUGCUGAUGUGUUUGGAGUGGAGUGCACGUGCGGGACACAGACAGCGUUGGAUUCCGAACACGUUUGUUCCUGGCAGGGCCGUGCUGUUUGUUUCUUCUCGUAGCUGGCGCUGAACGGGGGCUGAAUGCUGUGCCUGGUGGGCGUGUUCAGGUUCUAAUCUGCUGGUCAGCUGACACCAUUUGGUUGUGAUGAGUCUUAUUAGGUUAGCAGGGUUAAUCUAAACUGACUGGAUGGGCUUAGGUGUGAACAUAUCAUGCAUGUUUGUAUGCGUGUGUCAGCCCUGUGAUGGACUCUCGGGGGGGGGGGGGUUGACGGCUGGAAUAGACUGCAUCCCUGUUGUGAUUCUCUAUAAGAUCAAACAGGUGUGGCUGAUGGAUGUUUGUCGUGAGCAGGACGAUAUUUUAAAGAAUUCCCCCUUCAGCUCCUUUAGGUCCUGUCUGCAGCCCAGAGGAUCAGCGUCGUCUCCCGGAGCUUGUUGCUCACUUCUUAGCGUUGACCUGUAUUUAGUCUGAGUCUGGUUCUCCUCUGGACAAAGAGAGGACUCCUGCCUCAUACCUAACCAAGUGUAAUGUCUUUUAAAAACUAACCGACCCGUAUUUGCCUGUAAUUUAUCGUCCUGUCUGUUGUCUUAGUUAAUGUGCUAGCAUGUAGCUUGCAUGAGAAAUGGUUGGAAAGUGUAGAUACUGCUGGAGAAGAGAAGUGCCGACAAGCUGCUCUGCUGAGACGAGGGCGACCAAGCCAACCUCCCUCGCUGUCCUCUGCUCAGUGAACAUACGCCGCGUCCCGGAUAAAUCCAUCUGGACCUCGAAGCGAUAAAAUCCCAAAAAACUACAACCCGUUCUGUUUUUUCUCCACUUUUCUGACGUGAAAACUGUUGAACUUGAUUGUGCAGUCAGUCAAACUGUUUAGUUGCAUCAGUGCAGGGAGAUCCAACUCCUCGGUUACCACCCAUCAGCUCCUCUUCAGGUGCUCCUUCUUUAUUUUCUCUAGAAUAAACAAAAUGACUUUUAAGUUAGGUUUUUAAGAUGUUUCUAACCUCCAGCGUCUGACUUUCAGUUAAACUGAUCAUUUCCCCCCAUUUUGUUUAAAGUUAGCUUUUCCAAAACUUGAAUGUUAGAAGUUUAGUUUAUUUUUCUUUGUUUUUUUUAAUAGAUUCUUGUUUAAACAACCAUUUUUUACAUCAUCUCAUGUAUAUAGUGUUGCCUUUAUUGGAACCUCUCACAUGAAUACCUACACACACACAUGCACACACAUAUAAGGAUAUGCACAGCAGGCACAGUGUCUGUUACCGUGGUGUGUUUGUGCAUAUGUGUGUGUGUGUGUGUGUGUGUGUGUGUGUGUGUGUGUGUGUGUGUGUGUGUGUGUGUGUGUGUUUGUGUAUGAGUGUGUAUCAAAGGACCCAAACAGACCCCAGAGACACUCUUUAAUGUGUGUUAAUUUCACAAAGGCGUUCUUAUUUCCUCGACUAAAACAAUGUUCUGUUUUUUUUCCUUUUGGAUGACAAGUCUUCCUUUUGGGUAAAUAUUCAUGUCACUUGGAAAUCGUGCUGUCGUGUGUGUUGAUUUUUACAAAAGGCCGAUGAUGUCAUCAGACUCGUGGUGGUGGGAUUUGUGUCUGGUGGCUGAAAUGUUCAAACGUUUAUUUUCUCUGUUUUUCUCUUUUGUUAGAUUUCAGGUUCAGUUGUUGACUUCAAUAAACAUUUGGGUUAAUUUCA